UUGCUCUCCAGGGCCAAAACAAAAACAAAGAACAGCUGACGCGGAGCGCAAAAGAGCGACCAUAUUGCAUUUGGUGUAUUGCAUUUACACAGAAGUGGAAUUAUCUGACUAGGAAACCCGACAUUAUAAAAAGUAUGUCCAUAUUGAGGACGUGUGUAUCAUAUUAAGUGCGUCUAUCAUCGGGAAUAUUCAAUUAUCAGCCAUUUAAACGGUUAACAAAGAACGGGCGACAUGUUGGAAACGAAAAGAUAACAGUGCACACUCUCCCACUUACUCACACUCACACCAGCAAAAACCGAGAGCGCGCGCGCUUAAAAGUGUUUUGUGCGCCGUUCGGAGCGACAGUUCGCUUUCGAGUUCGCUAAAACACAACGCAGAAAGGCAUUAGCUCCACUGAAAAAUCAGAUUAAAGCUGUCAGCAGAAGGUACUGGAAAAGCAUUCGAGAAGUCGAAAAUAAUCCCAAUCAAGCCCAUCAAAUUGAAGCAGGCGACGCCUUCUGCGCCAGUGUGUGUAAAGGCAGCUAGAUUUUCAAUUUCAACGACGAGGGAGGCCCUAUUUAACAUUGUAGCCCAACUCGAGUCGCCUCAUUCUCAUUUGUGCAUUUCAAGCAAAUCAAACUAACAGUGACAUACAAAUUUUGGUUCUGUGAUUUUGUGUAAAGACUUCGUUUGACGAUCAAAGAUGGUGAAAUUAAUCGCUAGCCUGUUCCUGUUGGCCGUGGUGGCCCAGGCCUAUGGAGACUUCAAGUCCAAGCAAGAAAGCAAGAGUUUCGUGAGAGAACUGCGGAAAGAGCGAGAAGCGCAGCAGCUUAAAGAAAAACAAAACCCAAGCCAUGAAGGUCAAGACCAAGAGUGCAAAGGCUCCCUGGCUGUUCCUGAGAUUACCAAGGAUUGGGUGGACAUGAAGGAUGCCUGCAUAAAGGGCAUGCGCCACCAGAUCCAGGAGGAGAUCAACGCCUCCUACCAGUACCUGGCCAUGGGCGCCUACUUCUCCCGCGACACCGUCAACCGCCCCGGCUUCGCCGAGCACUUCUUCAAGGCCGCCAAGGAGGAGCGUGAGCACGGUUCCAAGCUGGUGGAGUACCUGUCCAUGCGCGGUCAGUUGACCGAGGGCGUCAGCGAUCUGAUCAAUGUGCCGACUGUGGCCAAGCAGGAGUGGACCGAUGGCGCCGCCGCCCUGUCCGACGCCCUCGACCUGGAGAUCAAGGUGACCAAGUCCAUCCGCAAGCUGAUCCAGACCUGCGAGGGCAAGCCAUACAACCACUACCACCUGGUGGACUACCUGACCGGUGUCUAUCUGGAGGAGCAGCUCCACGGACAGCGCGAGCUCGCCGGCAAGCUGACCACUCUGAAGAAGAUGAUGGACACCAACGGCGAACUGGGCGAGUUCCUGUUCGACAAGACCCUGUAAGGAGGUGGAGAUAGAGAGAAGGCGCAUCACCCAGUCACGCAUCAAAAUUAUCAGCCAGUCGAGUUAUCUGUUAUCUGUUAGCCCAGAGAGCCUUCCCGAGGGUCCGCUAUUAAGUCACCAUCAGCCAAGUCGACGACUGGCCAAUAAAUUAUCCGUUCGACUGCGAUCCUCAAACCAGCAGAGCAAAAUUCCACGUCUGUUCUUUCUUAUCAACCACUCGUGAUUGUGAUUGUGAUUUCCGUACACCUCGGGAGGGGGCUCCGCAUUAUGCAAUCGCCGAGAUUUCGCCUAGGAUAAGUGGAAUCGCUCAUUCGCAUGGGAAGACACCCAGCACAACCCAUUCAAUACAUCCUAUAUCUUUAUAUUUUUCUGUCAAUUAGCCGAACAAGUUCUUAAAUAAAAACCAAUAUAUAUGUAACGAAAA